AGUGGUGUAAGGUUUUAUUUAUUUAUUUAUUUUGGUCAGCUCUUUCCACCUUAUUGUUAUUUCUUGCAAAUAAAACUUGAAAAUCAGCGCAUGCAAUAUAUAUUAUCCUGCAGAGAUAUGUGAAAUAACUGAGACGAAUCCAUCAGGGGAUGUGAUUCAUCAUGCACGACCAUGUGCAGCAUGCCCUGCCUGUGCACGCCACAGACACAGACACCGCCUCGACGCACCGUGUCCUCCAUUGUCUGUGUGUUUCACCACUGAGACACGUCGCGGUCGCCGGAGCGUUUUGUUUUGAAAAGGACUCCAGGAAGUGUCACAUUUAACUGCGGCCGACUUGACCUCCGGGAGGUGUCAGUCACCAUGGUGGCGCACAACAAAGCGGAGCCGUGUUCACUUCCAGCCCCGCAGAGGGAGAACGCUUCGAUCAUGACCGCUCCUCAGCGACUGCUUCCCGGCUCUGCCCUCUCAACAUGGACGCCAGCUUGUCGGUUGUAGCCGUUAGCCGUUAGCUCGCCUCCCCGUGUGGUUCUUCUUCUUCUUCUUCUUGUUUAUUUUUUUUUCGUUCCGACGCGUUCUUUCGUUCCGUCGCCCGCAGAAUGCUGAAGACACAGGGGACAAGCUCCGGAGACCGUCCGCUCGAAUGAAGGGACAUUUUCCACGUUGAGACAACAGUUGGUGGACACUGUCUCCGUCGCGGUUUGAGUGUUUUUAAAAAAAAAAAUAAAAAAAGAAGAAUCAGAAGACAAAGUAGUUUUCCAGCCUCGGUGGGGACUCGUCUCUGGCUGCCGGUUCCGGCUCGGGGCAGCGGAAAGAGCAGACACCACCCCCCCCACCACCACCACCACCCCAGAGGAGACGGCUCGGCUCGGCUGUCUGGCUCCAGUCGUGGCCUGGCUCCGGGGGACACUCCCAGCUCAUCCGCUAGCAUCCGGAGAACAAGGCGACGCAGCCGAGACGGCAGCUCCUCCAGGUCAUAGCCGCAUCCCUGGAUCUGUACCAACGUGCUCCCCCCUCCCCGGGAUAAGGACAUUUUCAGGAUCCCGCACUCGACGUCUUCCAAAACAAUGGCGUCUUAUGUGGAUAACAGCUUUCGCCAGGCUGUGAUGAUGAAUCCGGCCGAGAGGACGCAACAGGACCUGGAGAUCGUCUACUCAUACCUCCACGGAAUGGAGGCCUUGUCCAACUUGCGAGAGCACCAGCUGAGGAUAAUGUGUGAGACGGUUCGUUAUGAGCGACACGAGGCCAACGAGGUGCUAUACUACCCGGACGACAUUGGAAGCUGCUGGUACAUCCUGUUGUCCGGCUCCGUCUUCAUUAAGGAGUCCAUGUUCCUGCCCAGAAGCAGUUUCGGAAAGCGAUCAGCCGGCAGCCUACGGCGCGGAUGUGAGUGCAUCGUCCUGGAACCCUCAGAGAUGAUUGUGGUGGACUAUAUGGAUGAAAAUGAGGAGUACUUUCAGCGGCAAGCAUCGCACAGACAAUCCCGUCGGCGCUUUCGGAAGAUCAACCAGAAGGGGGAGAGGCAGACAAUCAUUGACACAGUGGAUCCGUACCCCACCGGGAAGCCGCCCAUAGCCCGGGGAUACCACACGUGUUUUCGUCCAGCAGAUGCACUUCAACUCCCUGCGCUCCCUGCACAACACACUUAAGAGCAUCAUAGCAGCGAAAACAAUCAUUGUUUUCUUGGCUUUAGAAGAGACGAGUGCCCCGGAGACUAUAUUUUCUCAGAAAGCAUGUUGCUGUGUGAUCAUCAUCCAACUAUUGGAAAUGAAAUGAGUUUAGUUUGGAAGCUUUGUCUCUAAUGUGGUGGGUUGAGACCUCAACAAGGGGUUUGAGAUGAAUACACGAUGAU